CAUUCUCUUUCUCUCAUGUUUAAUACACUUCUUGUAUUGUUCUUUGUGCUGCAAGGAAAACCACGUUCUGCAGGUCGACUAGGUGACCCUUCUCCUCCCCCAGGAACAGCUCCAGUAGUUCCUGGUGGUAGUGCCGGGCUUCCAGUGACAGCUUCUGCCCCAAUUCCCCAGACAUCUACAAAUUCAGCUCAGCAGCCUCCUCCUCCUCCAUAUUAUGGAGGAGAACAACCAGCACAGUCUGCCCCUAACUGGUCUACUCCAUAUCCAAUGUAUUCCAUGAUGCCGAUGCCGUCUGGUUAUAAUCCAUACAAUCCUUUCAUGGCCUUUCCUCAGCCCUCUUACCCUGGUGGCUACCCGGUUCAGCCACCCCAAUAUUCCUACCCAGGACAACAACCUCCUCCACAAUAUCCACCACAACAUCCACCACCUCAACAAUCUAACUAUCCAGGGUAUACACAACCUCAAGCUCGUUGGCCCUGAGCUGCUUUACCCUUUUCAAAAAACAGAAAAUGGAAUUUGUAGCCAUUUUCAAUAUAUUGAGCUGGUCAAAUUUAGAAACCUUUCAAAUCUUUUAGUCUCUCUCUCUCAUAUACAUAUAUAUAUAUAUAUAUAUUUAUAUAUAUAUAUAUACACCUCUCUCUCUGUUCAAAUUGAAUAAGUUUUCAGUUUGUUCUAUAUAAUAUUUUACAUUAGCCGUUUAAAAUGAAAAAAAAUAAAUAAUAAAUGCUUUGUUCAUUUUUAUAUUUUAAUUAAACAUUAAUCAGUUAAAAAUAUAUAAUUACAGUCAAUUUUCUGAUAAAAAAUAAAAUCUUUUGCUUUAUUACAACUUUAAUUU